CUAAGUGGGGCCAGGCGCUGCCCACGUCCCCAGUCCGGCGGGGCGGCGAGGCGAGGGAAGGGGCCAGUCGCCGCGGAGGGAGGGAAGGAAGGAAGAUGAGCCCCUCGCCGAGCCUGGCGCCCUCCCUGCUCUCCGCCACCCUGGUGCUGAUCGCCCUGCUCCGGGGCGCCGCCGGGGACCCCAACUUCAGCCCCGAGGCCUGGCUGCAGCAGUAUGGGUACCUCCCCCCCGGCGACUUGCGGACCCAUACCCAGCGCUCACCCCAGUCGCUCUCAGCUGCCAUCAGCGCCAUGCAGAGCUUCUACGGUCUGCAGAUCACUGGGACCGCUGACGCCGACACCAUGAGGGCCAUGAAGCGGCCCCGCUGUGGCGUCCCAGAUAAGUUCGGGGCCGAGAUCAAGGCCAAUGUGCGGCGCCGGCGCUACGCAAUCCAGGGCCUGAAAUGGCAGCACAACGAGAUUACGUUCUGCAUCCAGAACUAUACGCCCAAGGUGGGUGAGGUGGCCACAUUCGAGGCCAUCCGCCGGGCCUUUGGGGUGUGGGGGGCGGCCACGCCGCUGCGCUUCCGUGAGGUGCCCUACGCCCACGUGCGCCAGGGCCGGGCGCCCCAGGCCGACAUCAUGAUCUUCUUCGCCGAGGGCUUCCAUGGCGACAGCACCCCCUUCGACGGGGAGGGGGGCUUCCUAGCCCACGCCUACUUCCCCGGCCCCCACAUUGGCGGCGACACCCACUUCGACUUGGCCGAGCCCUGGACCGUCCGCAACGAUGACCUCAAUGGAAACGACAUCUUCCUGGUGGCCGUGCAUGAGCUGGGCCACGCGCUGGGGCUGGAGCAUUCGAACGACCCCUCGGCCAUCAUGGCGCCCUUCUACCAGUGGAUGGACACCGAGAACUUUGUGCUGCCGGACGAUGACCUGCGCGGCAUCCAGCAGCUCUACGGGAGCAAGUCGGGGAUCCCCACCAAGGCCCCUCCGGUGCCCCGCACCACAGCCAGGCCCCAUGUGCCUGACGAGCCCAACAACCCCCCUUACGGCCCCAACAUCUGUGACGGCAACUUUGACACCAUCGCUGUCUUGCGUGGGGAGAUGUUCGUCUUCAAGGAGCGCUGGUUCUGGCGGGUCCGGAAUAACCGGGUCAUGGAUGGGUACCCACUCCCCAUUGGCCAGUUCUGGGUCGGUCUCCCAGCGUCAAUCAGCACGGCCUAUGAGAGGAAAGAUGGGAAAUUUGUCUUCUUCAAAGGUGACAAGCACUGGGUGUUCGAUGAAGCCAUCCUGCAGCCUGGGUACCCCAAACCUCUCCGGGAGCUGGGCCGGGGGCUCCCCACUGAUCGCAUCGACGCUGCCCUCUUCUGGAUGCCUAGCGGGAAAACCUACUUCUUCCGGGGCAACAAAUAUUACCGUUUCAAUGAGGAGAGCCGCUCGGUGGAUUCCGAGUACCCCAAGAACGUCGCCGUCUGGGAGGGGAUUCCCGAGUCACCCCGUGGGGCCUUCAUGGGCAGCGAUGAAGCCUUCACCUAUUUCUACAAGGGCGGUCGCUACUGGAAGUUCAACAACCAGCAGCUGCGGGUGGAACCGGGCUACCCCAAGUCGGCGCUGCGGGACUGGAUGGGCUGCAGGGGCGGCCGGCGUGAGGACGAAGAGCGGGAGGAGACCGAGGUCAUCGUCAUUGAGGUGGACGAAGCGGGGGGCGGGGCGGUGGACAUGGCCGCUGUGGUGCUCCCUGUCAUGCUGCUGCUCUGCGCCCUGGCGCUGGGCGCCGCCAUCCUGGUCUUCAAACGCCGCGGGACCCCCAAGCGGCUGCUGCACUGCCAGCGCUCCCUGCUGGACAAGGUGUGAGGGGUGGGGCUCCCCGGCCCCGCCCGCCUCCCCGGCUUCGCCCCCUGCUGGACAAGGUGUGGGCGGAGGGAUUCCCCUGGCUCCUCCCCGGCUCCGCCCCCCUGCUGCACAGCCAGCGCUCCCUGCUGGACAAGGUGUGAGAGGCGGGGCUUCUCUCUGGCUCCUCCCCUUAAGCUCCUCCCCUUCCCUGCUGGACAAUAUGUGAAGGGUGGGGGCUUCCCCUUGGCCCCUCCCCCUUUCUGACAUUCCUUCCUGCCCCCCAAAGCGUGCUGAGCGCGCUCAGUAGCCUGCGGGGUGACCCCUGACCCUCUCCCCUUGUGUAACCAUGUGUCCUUUGACCUCCUGGGGAAAGAUCAAAGUUCAGGCCCAUCAGCGUCCUCUACGACCUCUCAACUUUCCCCUCACCAGAGGGGAAGCCAAGGGAGACAGCAGGGUGACUGCCUCCCCAAAGGUCAUGCUGGCUCCUCCCCCCAGCCUUGGGCACAUGAGCUAGCCAAUCAGCUUGGCUCUAUUUCCCAUUUGCUGGGUUGGGUUGGGCUGGGCUGAAUCUCCCAUUGGUCUGUGUACAAAGGGGGGGCAGGGCCAUCUGUGGAACGGAGGCCCCUGGUUGGCCCUCAGGUACUUUAGCCAGGGCCUUGGGAACCCAGGGGUGGAGCCAAAGAGAGGGGGAGGGGACAUAAGAACCAUGGGGGUGGAGCUAUUAAAAGAGGGAUGGCAUUUGGCUGAAGGGGGCAGGGCUUCAGUACUAAAUGGCCGGGUCUAUGCAGAUAAGGGGCUUUGCAUUCCAGUGGGCUGGGCUAUAUAGAUGAGGGGGCUUUGCAUUCCAGUGGGCGGGGCUAUACAAAUAAGGGGGCUCUGCAUUCCAGUGGGUGGGGCUAUGCAGAUGACAGUUGCCACGCAGUCCAAUGGGCAGAGCUAGGUCAUACUGAGGUCAAAACAAGGGCUUUCUAAUGGGCAGGGCUAUGCAGAUGAGGGAGAGGGCUAAGGCUAGAGCAGCAGGAGCAGGGGAUGAUGGGAAAACAGGCAGGGUGCUCAUGGGGUGGGAUGAUGCAUUUGGGGGCAGAGCCAAUGGACGGGGGCAUGGCCUUACUUUGCCCCCACUUUCCUGCAGAGCCCCCAAACAGGACGGCAGGGAAUCUUGCCCCCCCCCCCACCAUCCUGAGUGAUAGGGGACCACAGCCCUGUAGGGGUCACCCAGGUAGUAGUAGCAGCCCCCCCCCUCCAGAAUCUGCCUAGGAAAGAGGGUUAGGGGAAAGCAGGUCCCUAUGGGGGGAGCAUGGUCAGGGGGCAGGGAGCAUGGCUGGAUCCAGUUUGGGAUGAAGGGGGCAGAUGGGGGGGGGCUGGUUAGGGCGUGCAUUGUGGGCCCAGUUUGGGGGUGAAUGGGCUGGUUCAGUGGAGCAAGGGUCAGGUUUAGGGGUCCCCUCCUCUCCAGUUUUGGUGGUGGGGGUCUCAUUGGGGGAUUUUUUUUUGUUUUAAUGUAUAAUUUUUGUAAUAAAAAAACCUUAAUUAUUCUAUAGAACAAAAGGCAAUUAACUAAUAUCAGUGUGUUAGCGGGGGAGGGGUGGUGUCAGGGCACGGGGGGGAUGCCCCUCAAUUCCCGCGGGCCGGGACGAGGGGCCAGCUUCGCCCCGCACCCGCUUUGGAGGGAUUUUCACCCGGGGGGUUUUGAAACUGGCGGAUUAAAGUGCUUUUGGGGGGAGGGUUGUUUUUCGUCUCUCUCGGUAUUUUUCAAUGUAUUAUUAUUGUUAAUUAAUUAAUAUUAUUUUGCUCGAGUCAAGGGGCCGAGGGUUUUAGCAGGUAGCGCUCGGGGAAUGUACAUGCCAUGAAAACUCCCCCAGAUUUCGUCUGCAGAUAUUACUGUUUGUAAUAAAUCCCCCUUUCUGCGGA